AAUAAACAAACACCUUAGGAUAAGUUUUAUACCUUCAUUCUUGGUCUUGGGUGAAAUAUCAAAUAUGGGCUAAACUCUGUCACAGAUUUUUGAGUCCCCACCAAAAGAUUCUAACUUCUCUUCAGCUGGAUUGAUUGCUCGAUCGCUCCUCAUAUCCUAUUUGGCUUGCAGGCCGCUUCAACACUUUCAAACAAGGUAAAAUACACAAAAGAUAAUGGCAUUUGUAGAUGCAAUGAUUUCCUCUCUGACGGAGCAACUUUUCAAGGCCAUUAACACUCAAACUCGACUUCCUCUUUACUUUCUGCGUCAGUUGGAGGUCAUGAAGGCGAGCCUUCAAAAUAUACAUGUCUUACUCGGGGACGACGAUAAGAGCAAUAAAGAAAUUAUCCUUAUCACCUUGGCCCAUUUCAGAGACUUGAUGUAUGAAGCAGAUGAUGUAUUGACAGAUUACCUUACCGGAGAAGAAUAUGAAGAAAAUGGAUCCUUCUGCAAUCUGUCACUUACGGAUUUCUUCUUCCGCCAUCAAACAAGCAAGAAAUUAAGGGAAAUUAAUAAAAGGAUAAAGAAGGUGGAGGUUAUUUUGGGCAACCAUUUACAGGCACAAGAUCGAAGCAGCAGCCAUGAACAUGUUGACAUGAACCAGCUUAGAUUUAAGUAUGACACAUCUGAUGAAAUAAUUGGACGUGAGAGUGAAUUGAGAAAGAUAAAAGCGUGGAUUCUUCGCCAAGGCUACGAGUUUCAAAAGAUUGGCAUUGUGGGGAUGGGAGGGUUGGGGAAAACGACCAUUGCCAAGCUAGUAUUUAACGAUCCCGAUACACGUGGUCACUUCGACCGGCAGAUAUGGGUGUCAGUUUCUCAAACCUUUGAAGUGGAGGAGAUCUUGAGUACCAUCUUACAACAAUUAGGAGAAACAUUAGGAAAAGACAUUUCUGACAAGUGGGCGAUGAUAGUGAAAAUUUCCCAAUGCCUCCAAAAAUUAUCCUGUCUCAUUAUUUUGGACGAUAUCUGGGAGAUGGGUCUUGACUGGUGGACAAGUUUUUUAUCAAUUCUGUCAGAACGAGCUUGUAAAAGAUGUUGCAUAAUUAUCACGACCAGAAGCAAAUAUGUUGUGUCUUUUCUCGGAGUUGACGAAUCACUAGUUCAUUUUCCUCCUGUUCUUAGUGAAGAUGAAAGCUGGUUUUUGUUCUGCAAGCAUGCAUUUCGCCGUGUAGGUGAAAACUCUCCUGAAAUUUUCAAACAAAUGGGCAGGGAAAUUGUCGCUCAAUGUGGGGGAAUUCCACUGUCAAUCAGCACAAUAGGAGGCUUACUGGGAUCAAAAAUUUAUUCACUUCAUGAGUGGAAGAAUAUUUGUAACAAAUUUUUUGUGCAUAACAUCACAGAAGAAAAUAGUGCCUUGAUGAAUUCGCUGCAAUUGAGCUACAAGGCACUUCCACCUCAUCUAAAGCAAUGUCUACUAUGUUUCUCCAUUUAUCCUGAAGGCUUUGAUAUAGAAGCUGAAAAGUUAAUCUGCUGGUGGAUUGGGGAGGGUCUCAUCCAGGACACCGAGUCGAAAUCCGCAUCAGAGUUGGGCUAUGAGUAUCUAUCGAAGCUGAUCGACAGAUGCCUGGUUGAAGUUGUGGAAAGCCGGGGCUAUGAUGGAAGAGUCCACAAGUGCAAAAUGCAUAGUCUGUUGCGAGAUUUGACCAUUAAGAUGGCACAAGAGGAGAGAAUUUGUAGCUUUGACAACGAAUACAAGCAAGAAUUCACUGCAGACACUCGAUGGUUGGGUUUCACGAGUGAAAUGGAUUCAAUAUCAUUGAACAGAUGCCCAAAGCUCCGGGCUGUAUUGCUGAUGACUACUGGCUAUCAAGGUCCACUGGACAGGAAUUUGGGUUCACUCCAUUCACUCAGGUCACUGGACUUGUCUAACAAUAAUCUUGACAACGUCGCUUUAAAGAAUCUGCUGAGUUGGAUUAGUUCCCUCAGACGACUUGCAUAUCUAAAUCUAAGUGGAGCCAAAGGCCUCAAGGAGCUUCCUAAUUCCAUUCGCAAACUCCGGAACCUCGAGCUCUUAGUUUUAAGUGGAUGCCAAAUGCUUUCCAAACUAAGCCCUUCAAUCACUUCUUUGAAGAGUUUGAUGGUCUUGAACCUAGGAUCUUGUGACAAGCUUCCAUACCUGCCUCGCGGAUUGGGGAUGCUCUCCCAUCUUCGAGAGCUAUAUGGAUUGAGACUGGUAAGCCAGGCUAACAGACGCAGCUGUCCCCUUCUGGAAGUUGGAGCACUAGGUGAGUUAAGAGUACUGCACAUGCAUUUAAGUAGAGGGAGUGAAAUCAAACAAAAGGAAUGGGAUGUUCUGUCAAAGCUUAGGAAACUCAAGGUACUAACCAUUGAUUUUGACGCUGAAAGAUUGGAAGGGAUAAAAAUGCAAAUGAUGCUAGAUCCACUUGAACCUCCACAACGACUUGAGGAGCUGUAUCUUAGGCAUUACUAUCAUGAUACUUUGCCAAAAUGGGUUAGUCCCGAGUAUCUUUGUAAUUUGUUGUAUCUUUGCAUAGAGGACGGUCGCCUGUUUGACAUCCGCGUAGAUGAAGGAAUUUGUUGGAACCUUGAGGGCUUGCGUUUGAAGCAGUUGCCGUACUUGCGGGAGGAUUGGAACAGACUGCAGAAUCAGAUGCCUUUAUUGCGUUAUGCAGAGGUUAUCGAUUGUUCCCAAAUACUCAAUUUCCCCGGUGGAGUGGAAAACAAGCGGGUGAUUUGGAGAAGGAAUUGGGACGACAAUGAUAAAGAGGGAAAAUCAUCUGCUGCUAUAUAGGUUAUGCAAUUGUCCAAUUACAUGAGCUUUGAGUUGUGGUAAGAUUGUAAUAUUAAAUUUGCUUUGGCCAUUUAAUCUCUGCGUUAUGUGUGGUGGUGAUGUAAACUAUUCCCAGAUUGGUGUGGAUUAGAACAUGCAUGUGAUAUUCUCGUGUAAAUAGUUGUGAAAACAAAUCAAAGAUGAGUUUAGGUUUUAUUUUCAUAUAAAAUUUAUUGGAUUUGGCCAACUCCUAUAAUCUCAAGCCAAUUUUUUGUGACAGAA